GGAUUCCCUCUCCGCUUUCGAAAUGGUGUCGCAAGUAUCCCUGAUUUGUAAACUUCUGUGAGGUCACAUUUGGUAUGAUAUUAGCAAUACGCCAAUAACGCGCAUGUUUAAGUGUCGUCUUUAAUCAGUGAAAAUCAUGUUUUCUAAAUUGUUUUCGUGGUGGGGCGGAGGUAAAUCAGAAGCGGCAGCGGGAGAGUCCAACGUGCUGGACGACGAAGGAAGUAGUACAGGUACCAGAGAGGGCAGUACUGCGAUGAGAUUGACCAUUUCAUCAUUUAAAAAGAAAUUUCCAACUGUGAAGUGUGUGAAAACUGAUGUAGUGCAGACAUGGUUGCAAGAAGGAUCUGCAUCGACUAAAGUGGGUGACAUUAUUGAGAAAAGACCAUUGGUUGUUGUGGAUUCUAGACCAGACUCAGAAUACCAAGUAAGCCAUAUUCCCGGUGCUAUCAGAAUUGAUUAUACUACUGAUCAUAUGGAUGAUGUCGUGCAACAAAUUAAAAAAAGUGUUGAUGAAGAGUCGAAAGACCUUACAAAGACUGUUGUACUGUACUGCUCCCUUGGUUACCGAUCAUGUGUCCUUGCUGAAAAAGUGAUGAAGGCAUGUCAAGAUAGCGAUUUGGAUGUUUACAACAUGGAAGGUGGUCUGUUUAAAUGGGCCAAUGAGGGCGCACCAAUGGAGAAUGGAAGUGGACGUCUCACAAAAUAUGCACACCCGUACAAUUACGUGUUUGGAAAACUCUUGCAUCAUUCUCUGAGAAAAGAAACACCUGAAAACAUGGAAAAAUGAUAAACUGUCUAAUUAGAAUGUCUAUGGUAGGGGAUUCUAUGGUCAACCGACUAUUGUGUCAAUCUCUGUCAUGGUAUAAAUUAAUUUAAUGACUUAUAUCGAUUAAUUUGAAGAGCUGUAGUCGUUGCGCUGCGUCAAUAAGUUAAGGUUAUCUUAUUGAAUAUUAUUUAUUUGUUGCCUUGAACAUGAUAUGUGACAUAUCGGUAUACUAAUUGUGAUUGAAUUUUCUUUAGGGCAGGGAGUCCAAUCAUACAUACAUGGGACUUUUCACCCAAGAAUGUAAAUAUGCCAAUUUUAAUAAAUCAAUAAUAAUAUGUAAAACAUAA